GGGCCGCGGGCGCAGGUGAGCGGCGUGCAGAAGCAGCGGCGGCUGGCGGCCAACGCGCGGGAGCGGCGGCGGAUGCACGGGCUGAACCACGCCUUCGACCAGCUGCGCAAUGUCAUCCCCUCCUUCAACAACGACAAGAAGCUGUCCAAGUACGAGACGCUGCAGAUGGCGCAGAUCUACAUCAGCGCCCUCGCCGAGCUGCUGCACGGGCCCCCCGCGCCCCCCGAGCCGCCCGCCAAGGCCGAGCUCCGCGGGGCCCCCUUCGAGCCGCCUCCGCCGCCCCCUCCGCCGCCGCCCCGCGCCUCGCCCACCGCGCCCGCCAGGACUCGCUUCCCCCCGGCGCCGGCCGCGGGCGGUUUCGCGGCGCAGCUCGAGCCGCUGCGCUUCCCCUCUUUCCCGGCGCAGAAAGCGCCUUCUCCCGCGCUGCUCCUGGGGCCGCCCGCGCCGCAGCAGCCCGAGAGGAGCAAAGCGUCGCCGCGCUCUCACCGCAGCGACGGGGAGUUCUCGCCGCGCUCCCACUACAGUGACUCGGACGAGGCCAGCUAGGGGGCUGCGGGGCCGCGCCUCCCACCCGCCCGCUGCCGCCGGGGCCGCGUCGUUAUCUCGCCGCGUAGUCGCUCCCGUCAGAGUUUCCUUUGCCCAGAAGCCGCCGCCGUCCCUUCCUGCCAACGCGGGGAGAGCGCCGCCGCGGGACUCCCCGCGGUGUCCGCCCCGUCCCGUGCCCGCAGAACGCACCGCGGCGGCGCUCCCGGGGGAAGCGCGGCGCAGAGCACUUUAUCAGCGGCGGAGACGCGGCCGCAGAGGAGGGCCCCCGGCUGCCAAGGGAAGCCCCGCGCCGCGGUGGGCGCCGAGCCUGAGAAACGCGAACUCUUCGCUCGUGUCAAACUUUUAUGUUCGUUUUAUUUCGCUUUUGUGGUAAUAGGAAACUUAUUUAUUAAGGAGUGUUUGCUACUAUUUCUGCUUUCUGGUUGUUUGUUUUUUUGUUGUUGUUUGUUUUUUUUAAAGCAAAAAAAAAACUUUUCUACGGUGAAAAUCGUUUAUUUUAACUUUAGCCCAGCCAAUUGCCACUGGCUUAUGUAUUUUUUUUUUUCGAGAUCAAAUAA